UUCAAUAUGGCUGACAAACAUGUGUCUUCGUCUGCCGGAGCAGGGCCAAGUAAUGUCGAACGUGCUGACUCCACAUCAGACCAACCUAUCCAAGGCUUCGAGAGCAUUGAUCAGUUUACUCAGCAAGGGUUACGCUCAGUUCUUGGAGCCACUAAAUCAUCCAAUGACUUGCCUGCUCCUGGAGAUGAUUUUGAUUACUACAGCAGUUUUGAUUCGUUCAGGAACGUCAUGGAAGUGGAGGGACGGCGACUCAUUCAUCUGAUGAAAAGAAUCUUGCGUCAUCAAGGAGUGAAGGGAACGCUAGAACAUACAGACCACUUGGACCCGGAAGACACAUUUGAUGUUUUGGCAGAUGCUAAUGACCAUAUACUAGAGAGAGUGGGUAGCAGUUUGGAUGAAGCAUCUGGAGUAAAGACGGCAACUCAGACCCUGGUGGUGGCCAGUAUCAAGGGGCAGACAACUCCACAGGCCAGCUGGAACAAGAAGUCACCCAGUACAUCCGGGAAAAGUUACAGACUGCUCGCAGCGCAUAACAUCAAAAGGCCACAGCUGAAAUUCAGGGAUAAGGUAGACAACGCCAACAAGCCGUUUGUUCCUAUCAUAAGGACAAAGCCUAAUGCUCUCCAGUCACUAGCAGACAGUUUGAUGAUACCCGUCUCCCAAGAUGCCAAUCACCCCUCAUUUCUAUAUCCACAUCCAUACCAGUAUGAGUUAGACCAGUUCUCUCCCUUGCCGGAACAGUUUGAAAAGGUGGAGCCACAGAUGCCAGACCCAGUGUCACUUACAGCCCCUGUUUUUGUCCAAACAGCCUCUGAGCUGGCAGAAAUGGUGGAUUAUUUAAAAACAGAGAAAGAAAUAGCUGUUGACCUGGAGCAUCAUUCAUAUCGGACAUUCCAAGGGUUCACAUGUCUACUCCAGCUGUCCUCACGUACUCGAGACUAUUUGGUGGAUGCCCUGGAGCUCAGAGCUGACAUGUACAUUCUUAACGAGGUCUUGACUGACCCAGCAAUUGUCAAGGUAUUUCACGGUGCUGACAGUGACAUUGAGUGGCUUCAGCGAGACUUUGGGCUGUACGUGGUGAACAUGUUUGACACUGGCCAGGCUGCCAGAGUUCUGAACUACAGUCGUUUCUCAUUGGCCCACCUCCUGCAGAUGUAUUGUCAGGUGAACGCAGAUAAGCAAUACCAGCUGGCUGAUUGGAGGAUACGACCUCUACCUGCAGAAAUGAUGAAGUAUGCGCAAGAAGACACACAUUACCUGCUGUAUAUCUACGAUUUGUUGAAAAACGAAUUGAUAGAAAAGGGGAACGCGCAGAGAAACUUGUUGCGAUCUGUCCUGCAGAGAAGUACUCAGUUGUGUGGCAAGGUUUAUCGUAAGAACGUGUUCACAGACGAGUCCUACUUGAACCUGUAUCAUCAAAGUAAGAAAGUGUUCAAUUCUCAGCAGCUGCAUUGUCUGAAGAGGCUGUACGAGUGGCGAGAUAAGAUCGCACGACUUGAGGAUGAGAGUACAGGAUAUGUCCUUCCCAAGCACAUGUUGUUACAGAUCGCAGACAUCUUGCCCAGGGAGAGACAGGGUAUCCUGGCCUGUUGUAACCCCACUCCACCCCUCAUUAGACAGUGUGUUAAUGAGCUUCAUGGGCUGAUCAUGGAGGCCAGGGAAAUACCUCUUAUCAAGGUGCAGAAGGAGAGACGCCAACAGUCCAAAUCCUCCUCACAGCCAUGUGUUGACACCAGCCAAGUCUGCUCUCAUGACCUCUCCCACACGCAGUGUGACCAUGAUGGUGCUGAGGCAGGAACACUGUUACUGGAUUCCAGUCUCCUGACGGGGUCAUCUGCCUUGUUUGCUUCCUCCAGACAUAGCACGGUACCUGUGAAGGAGAAUGCCAUAUUGUCAGCCUUCAGCUCCAGUCCCAAGGAUUUACCCACACCCAGCCAGAAGAAGGCCAGAUGUAUACUGGAGAGUUUCCAUAACCCUUUUGAUAUGUAUCUUCCACACUACACAGAGCAUAUGGGGAAGACAGAUAACAAAUCCCACAAACCUACAACUGGAAAACAGCCUAGUUUGUGGAAACUAGUCAAGAAUACAAGUAAAGAGGAUAUUGUAAAGAAACCUAAAGAGCUCAAAGGACCCCGCCCAGAAGACAAACCAAUUAUAACAAAGGAAGAGGAGGACACGAUGGUGCCACUCUCACAUCAGUUCCAAAACCCAAAGAAGAGAAAAAAGCAGGACGAUUGCACAGUGCCAUCGUCACAAGCAGAACAGCCAAAGCAGAAAGUUGGGAAAGUCUCGGGGGGUUCUUCAGAAGCUUUCAAACCAUAUGACUACAGUCAGGCCAACAUGAAAAUGUUUGAGGCUGGGUCACACAGAGGGAGGAAAAGGCACAUCUACGACCCAGAUGGUGCACGCCAGAAAAUGAAGGAGCAUAAGGUUCACAAGUCAAAGCUUCCAGCUGGUGCUGGGAAGAAGAGUUACACAUUUGGCAAGGGAGGUAAAUCUUCAUCCAAGCGGGACUGGCCCAGUCGCCGAAAUUAACAGAUGUCUUACACUGUGUGAAGUGAUAAUGGACGUGAAUUCCAUGGAACAAAAUCUGCUCAUGAGAAAAACUGACUUUUUCUUGUUCAAAGACAGGCGAGACAAGUUACCUCUCUCUUGGUUAAAUGUUACAGUUUGCGAACUACAUAUGUUUGACAUAGGUUCAAGAUAGAUUUGUGAACUACAAGCUAUGAUGCAGUCUUUUCUAGCAAACAAAAGAACUGUGUCGAUAAAUGUUAAAUUGCCUGUGAUCUAACACUUCAAGGGUCCAUUUUAAAAAAAUGUGAUGUAUAAGCCUUUUAAGGCUAAUCCAGCGAUCAAUAUCCUUGCACUAUGCUACUACAUGCAAACAUGUAGAAGGAUUAUGAGAUUUCUGUUACCACUGAGUAGAUGUUUAGGUUUAACAUCUGUAAUAUUGUUUACUAAAGAUUGGGUUAUAGUCUACAUGUAAAAUAUACACUCCUUCCUUAUUACAGAACUGCUGUAGAGGGACAAAUCUGCCAACAUAUACCCUGUUAUAAGUAGCACAUGUUUUUAUGAAGUUUGCUGUGAGUUCAAGUCCAGCUUAUGCUGGCUUCCUCUCUGGCCGUAAGUGAGAAGGUCUGCCAUGUAGCUAAAAAUGCGAAGCUUUUCUUCACUAAACCUUCUGAAAGUGUGUGCAAUUGUGCGCAACCUGGGGAAAAAUUUGAGGGCCAUAUUUUUGACUGGGUUAAAUUGAGUCAGAUGUUAAAAUCUAGUUUUCUGUAAUGAUGGAAGGGUACAUAAAUAUGUACAUACGCCAACAUACAUGUAAGUUACAGAUAACAGCAUGACAGGAUAACACUAACAGUAUUCUGAGAUAUCAUUUUCUUUGCCAGAAUGUGCUUUAUUGUACAUCCCUCGUGUACAUAUAUCCAACCAUGCCAAUCGUCUACUGUUAAAACCGACCUAUGACAUCAAAUUGUUGUUACACCGUUACAUAACUUUAAAGGAAUGGAGCAAUUGAAAACAAGUGUGAAAUGGCCUAGGUAAGCCUACAGGUGAUGGCAGCAAAUGCUGUUUGGCAUGCAAACCUAAAGUAAACAAACAUGUUUUUGGUCAUGUAAACACACGUUCGUCAGCAGGGUGGGUUUAAAGUAACGGAAUGCCUGCGUAACACCCCAGCCUUCAUUAAUUCUAAGGAAUGCAGCGUUACUUGGACAGUCCUCUUUACGUAGUGGUGCGUAUUUGUGU